GCGCGGCAGCCCCGCGGCAGCAGAGCGCCAAGCCGGGAGCGCGGGGAGCGCGGGCCGGCGGCGGCGAGGGAGGACUGGGGCGCAGACGGCCAGCGCGCGGCGCGGCUACCAUGGGUGUGCAGUGAGCGGCCGCUCAGGACGACUUCCUCGGCUGCGCGGCGCUCGCGCGGAGUUCCCUGGCUGGCGGUGCGUCCCCUCGGUCACCAUGAAAGACGACUUCGCGGAGGAGGAGGAGGUGCAGUCCUUCGGUUACAAGCGGUUUGGUAUUCAGGAAGGAACACAAUGUACCAAAUGUAAAAAUAACUGGGCACUGAAGUUCUCUAUCAUAUUAUUAUACAUUUUGUGUGCCUUGCUAACAAUCACAGUAGCCAUUUUGGGAUAUAAAGUUGUAGAGAAAAUGGACAAUGUCACAGGUGGCAUGGAGACAUCUCGCCAAACCUAUGAUGACAAGCUCACAGCAGUGGAAAGUGACCUGAAAAAAUUAGGUGACCAAACUGGGAAGAAAGCUAUCAGCACCAACUCAGAACUCUCUACCUUCAGAUCAGACAUUCUAGAUCUCCGUCAGCAACUUCGUGAGAUUACAGAAAAAACCAGCAAGAACAAGGAUACGCUGGAGAAGUUACAGGCGAGCGGGGAUGCACUGGUGGACAGGCAGAGUCAACUGAAAGAAACUUUGGAGAAUAAUUCUUUCCUUAUCACCACUGUGAACAAAACCCUCCAGGCGUAUAAUGGCUAUGUCACGAAUCUGCAGCAAGAUACCAGCGUGCUCCAGGGCAAUCUGCAGAACCAAAUGUAUUCUCAUAACGUGGUCAUCAUGAACCUCAACAACCUGAACCUGACCCAGGUACAGCAGAGGAACCUCAUCACGAAUCUGCAGCGGUCUGUGGAUGACACAAGCCAGGCUAUCCAGCGAAUCAAGAACGACUUUCAAAAUCUGCAGCAGGUUUUUCUUCAAGCCAAGAAGGACACGGAUUGGCUGAAGGAGAAAGUGCAGAGCUUGCAGACACUGGCUGCCAACAACUCUGCUUUGGCCAAAGCCAACAAUGACACCCUGGAGGAUAUGAGCAGCCAGCUCAACUCAUUCACAGGUCAGAUGGAGAACAUCACCACUAUCUCUCAAGCCAACGAGCAGAACCUGAAAGACCUGCAGGACUUACACAAGGAUGCAGAGAAUAGAACAGCCGUCAAGUUCAACCAACUGGAGGAACGCUUCCAGCUCUUUGAGACAGACAUUGUGAACAUCAUUAGCAAUAUCAGUUACACAGCCCACCACCUGCGGACGCUGACCAGCAAUCUAAAUGAAGUCAGGACCACUUGCACAGAUACCCUAACCAAACACACGGAUGAUCUGACCUCCUUGAAUAAUACCCUGGCCAACAUCCGUUUGGAUUCUGUUUCUCUCAGGAUGCAACAAGAUUUGAUGAGGUCAAGGUUAGACACUGAAGUAGCCAACUUAUCAGUGAUUAUGGAAGAAAUGAAGCUAGUAGACUCCAAGCAUGGUCAGCUCAUCAAGAAUUUUACAAUACUGCAAGGUCCACCGGGCCCCAGGGGUCCAAAAGGUGACAGAGGAUCCCAGGGACCCCCUGGUCCAACUGGCAACAAGGGACAGAAAGGAGAGAAGGGGGAGCCUGGACCGCCUGGCCCUGCGGGUGAGAGAGGCCCAAUUGGACCAGCAGGUCCCCCCGGAGAGCGUGGAGGCAAAGGAUCUAAAGGCUCCCAGGGCCCCAAAGGUUCCCGUGGUUCCCCCGGGAAGCCCGGCCCUCAGGGCCCCAGUGGGGACCCAGGCCCCCCAGGCCCACCAGGCAAAGAAGGACUCCCUGGCCCCCAGGGCCCUCCUGGCUUCCAGGGACUGCAGGGCACUGUGGGGGAGCCCGGGGUUCCUGGACCUCGGGGACUGCCAGGCUUGCCUGGGGUACCAGGCAUGCCAGGCCCCAAGGGCCCCCCCGGCCCUCCCGGCCCAUCAGGAGCAGUGGUGCCCCUGGCCCUGCAGAAUGAACCAACCCCGGCACCAGAGGACAAUGGCUGCCCGCCUCACUGGAAGAACUUCACAGACAAAUGCUACUAUUUUUCGGUUGAGAAAGAAAUUUUUGAGGAAGCAAAGCUUUUCUGUGAAGACAAGUCUUCCCAUCUCGUUUUCAUAAACACUAGAGAGGAACAGCAAUGGAUAAAAAAACAGAUGGUAGGGAGAGAGAGCCACUGGAUCGGCCUCACAGACUCAGAGCAUGAAAAUGAAUGGAAGUGGCUGGAUGGGACAUCUCCAGACUACAAAAAUUGGAAAGCUGGACAGCCGGAUAACUGGGGUCAUGGCCACGGGCCAGGAGAAGACUGUGCUGGGUUGAUUUAUGCUGGGCAGUGGAACGAUUUCCAAUGUGAAGACGUCAAUAACUUCAUCUGCGAAAAAGACAGAGAGACAGUAUUGUCAUCUGCAUUAUAAUGGACUGUGAUGGAAUCACAUGAGCAAAUUUUCAGCUCUCAAAGGCAAAGGACACUCCUUUCUAAUUGCAUCACAUUCUCAUCAGAUUGAAAAAAAAAAGCACUGAAAACCAAUUACUGAAAAAAAAUUGACAGCUAGUGUUUUACCAUCCGUCAUUACCCAAAGACUUGGGAACUAAAAUGUUCCCCAGGGUGAUAUGCUGAUUUUCAUUGUGCACAUGGACUGAAUCACAUAGAUUUUCCUCCGUCAGUAACCAUGCAAUUAUUCAAAUUAUGCCUUCCAAAGUAUGGAACACUCCAAUCAGAAAAAGGCUAUCAUUGGUUGGUGAGUUAUAGGAAGAACUUAAGCAUAUACUGUGUAAACAGUACCAUACGUUUCUAAAAAUCCCAAGUGUAGGAAAAAUAUGCAGACAUACAGAUAUAUAGGCCAACUCUUAGUAAUAAUAUGAAAUAUACUUAAAGAGCUUUUAAAACUUUGUAUUUUUGUACAAAAUAUUUGCCUUUUACAAUUUUUUUCCUUUUUUUUUUUUUUUUUUUGUCAUUUUACCGACAUAAUACAUGGAGCCAAAGAAAACAAUAAUGGUACUAAUAAAAACUCCUAGGGUUUCCUGUCAGAUUUAAUUCUA